GUUGUCGCUGACUCGUUGCUGAGUAGUUUCGGACGGUGACGACUGGCUGACGCCGCUUGUGCUGUUCGUGGCUGGAGGGGAACUUGACCGCGGCCCCGGGUGUGGCUUCAAACGUGACAAAUCUUUACUGCGUAGAAAGAAUGCGUGACGUUGCAAAGACAUUAGGACAAAGAAUAGUGUAAAACAUCAUCUCCAAGCAAUCGUGCCAUGUGAGCUUACGUGACGACUCACUUUGAUUAACUGGACUCUCACUUCUUUUUCUUUUUUUUUUUUGUACCCUUGGAAUACUUUUCCCCUCCUCCAGAACUCCAAGAGUCGUCUUUCGUGAGUUUCAUGAGUUUAUCAUCAUGUGUUGAAGGAAGUGUUGUUUAAAAUCGACCAAAGUAAUCUGCCCCCCAAACCCCUAAAAGUUUUUAGGUCUGCCCCCCAACUCCUUUAACAGAGGCGCUUUUGCUACUUUUGUGACCGAGCAAGUCGUUCGAUUUGACGGCUCAGGAUAUUCGGUGAGACGUCCAUCACCAAAAAAGGAAGUCGCCUUUCUCAACCAAUUUUGACUUGUUUCCCCCCCGAAGAAAGGCUUUGAGCCUGUUAUUUUUCUCGUUGGUAAUUUUGACCACUUAAGCAGCAGUCCUGAAGCGAGCACUCGGAACCAUGGGCUGCACCGUGAGCCAGGAGGAUAAAGCCGCGGCCGAGAGGUCCAAAAUGAUUGAUAAGAACUUGCGAGAAGAUGGAGAGAAAGCGGCUAGAGAAGUCAAACUGCUGCUACUUGGUGCUGGGGAGUCUGGAAAGAGCACUAUUGUAAAGCAGAUGAAGAUUAUCCACGAGGAUGGCUACUCAGAAGAGGAAUGCAAACAGUACAGAGCAGUUGUGUACAGCAACACCAUCCAGUCCAUCAUGGCCAUAAUAAAAGCCAUGGCAAACCUCAAGAUUGAUUACGAGGACCCUGCAAGGGCGGACGACGCUCGCCAACUGUUUGCCCUGUCUGCAGCUGCAGAGGAGCAGGGCGUCUUGCCGGACGACCUGUCAAAUGUCAUCCAGCGACUGUGGGCCGACGGCGGUGUCCAGAGCUCCUUCACGCGGGCCCGAGAGUAUCAGCUCAAUGAUUCUGCUUCCUACUAUUUGAAUGACUUGGAGAGGAUAGCCAAGCCUGAUUACAUCCCUACACAGCAAGAUGUGCUGCGAACCCGAGUGAAGACCACAGGCAUUGUGGAAACACACUUCACCUUUAAAGACCUGCACUUCAAGAUGUUUGAUGUUGGAGGCCAGCGUUCAGAAAGGAAGAAGUGGAUCCACUGUUUUGAGGGCGUUACAGCCAUCAUCUUUUGUGUGGCCAUGAGCGCUUACGAUCUCGUCCUUGCUGAAGAUGAGGAGAUGAACCGCAUGCACGAGAGCAUGAAGCUAUUUGACUCAAUCUGCAACAACAAGUGGUUCACAGAGACAUCCAUCAUCCUCUUCCUCAACAAGAAGGACUUGUUUCAGGAGAAAAUCACCCAAAGCCCGCUGACUAUCUGUUUCCCUGAGUACACAGGCCCUGACAAGUAUGAGGAGGCGCAAGCCUACAUCCAGACUAAAUUCGAGGACCUGAACAAGAAGAAAGAUACCAAGGAGAUUUAUCCCCACUUUACGUGUGCCACCGACACCAAGAACGUGCAGUUUGUGUUCGACGCUGUCACCGACGUCAUCAUCAAGAACAACCUGAAGGACUGCGGCCUCUUCUAAGAGCAGGAGCACCCGUGGAACUGAACACAUCCUGAACGACUGCACUGGCCAGCCACCAUCUCUUUCCACCUGCAAGUGACUGCAAAGCCCAGCAGUCUUGCAGUGUGUCCACUUGUUGUUAAUUCUUUGGGCUAUGACCACAAAAUCAGCAUUUAUUCUUGUGUUAUCUUCUAUUUUCUUCAACUUUUUUUUAUAUAUAUAUAUACUGUAAUUGCUUUUUCAUUUUACUUUUAGAAAGUCCCAUUAUUCAAUUUUUAAUCACAUAGUGUUUAUUACUUUUAAAGAGAUGAAGCACACACGGACUCCAGAUAUGAUUUAUGUAGGAACUUUUUUUUGUCCUAUGUUUACAAAGGGUCAUCAUCCUCAUUCAAACUGUAGCUCAUAUUGUUCUGCAUGACUUGACAUGACAGCUAUUAACUCUUAUUAGUAAUCUGCACAAAUGAUCUAACAUUCCUCCAGAAUAAAAAGUAUUAGUAAAAGGCAAACGAAUACGGCAACAUUCUUACUGAUAUUUAAACUUGUGUAGCUAAAUAACUCACUUUUUCUACCGUUGUAGCCGCUCCAUCGUCUGUCGCGUUGUGUGUACCUUGACUUUUGUUUACGACUCCUUUUUUUCCCCCUUUCCUUUCUGAUUCCUUCCCAUUACUCUGCCUUGCAUCUAUAAAUAUAUAGUGAUUAUUAAUGAGAGACAAAAAUCUAAUUCCGGAAAAAAGUUAGUGUUUUUUUUUUUUUUUUUGUGGUAAAUAUUAAGUGCUUUAAAGUCAAUGAUUUAAUUUAAAUAAAAGUAGAGAUCACUUGGAACUCUCGCCUUGGUUUUCUUUCCUGUCGCUCUACUGUGUACAUGUUAUGUAUUAGUAUUCAUGAUUGCUUAUCUGACUUGUACAGAUUCCUUGCUUAUCAUGCCAGGAUGACAGAUAUUCUCCAGCAUUUCAGGUUAAUUUGCAUUAUGAAUGUAAUUUUAGAAGAGCAAGGAGAAUUUAUUGAUACCGAUGAUAUAAAAAGUAUUUGGCGGAAAACACUUAGGUGACUGAAGUUCCGCUCUUAGACCACCAAUUUGGCCAAAUUUCAAAAUUGUCCAAUAUGCACGUGUAAUACAUCAUUGGAAAGCUUAAAAUCUCCAUUUUCUUGGGGAAGAAAAAUUUUGAACGGGAGGGCAUUUUUAGAAAGAAAGAUAAAAAUGUAAACAGCAAAACCCUAACUGGAGGUGAGAGCAUGAGAAAGCAUAAUUAAAGACGCCAUGGUUUUAA